AUGAUUAUGCAUGCGUGCUCGACCUCGACCUAAUGCCUCCACGAGCGAUCCAGCGAUGUGCCCCAUACCCCUAAGUUUGGUCAUUGGAAUUCACCUCAUGGCGUGUAGACCGUGACACGUUAUUUCCAUGCCUGCCUUUACCUUAGUCUUCAAUUCGCCUUGUGUUCGCUGGCGUUUCAGAGCAGCACACCUGAUCUAAUUUUUCCGUCGCAGUGAGGGAGGUAUGUAUCUAUCGGGCACAGCUAAGUUUCCCUCCUGUGAAUUUACGCCAACCCCCGCCGCGGAUUUUCCAAGAGUAUCUCCUUUUAAUUUUGUCGCCAAAGUUGAAAUUCUUAACCAAGAUCUGGCAACUCUAAUGUUUACGAAAAUGGCGAGGUUUGCAUCUCGGUUGAUUACCUUCCCACUUUCAGAUUCGCUCCAACUCAUUCGCAGCACUUUCAGCAUGAUCCGGGAGACGACCAGUGGAGGUACCUGAACGUUGGUUACCCAUCCACACUGUGGACACUAUGGUGAGUACUUUUAUCUCUCUCUGCUUAGCGCAGACCCCCAGCCUUGAUAGUCCCGCCAAUGUCGACGCUGCCGCAAGCCAACUCUUGCAUUUCUAUGUCUGUUCCUCACGAACCCUUUUUCGUCCCAUUUUCGCCGUUAUCACUGGGCCCAUACAGAGACACAGGUCUCUCUGGAGGCCGCAAGAAAGUUCGAUGUCUUGCUUGUGA